AUGGGAGCCGUCGCGCGGGCAACCGGCCCUCCGCAGCCAUUUGUCGUUCCUCCUUCGCAAAAAUUCGACGGCAACGAUGGAUCCUGGAGCACUUUCACCGUGUCCGUCGGAACCCCUGGCCAGGACUUUCGCGUCUUGCCCUCGACCAAAGGCGGCGUCACCUAUCUUGUUGCGCCUGAGGGCUGCUUGCCUGGUAUCGACCCCGAAGGAUGUCCAGAGGCGCGAGGAGCCGAAAUCUUCAACAGCGCGCAAAACAUUGGCUUUCAGGCCAAUGUCUCGACAACAUGGUCUGCCAUUGGACAGUACGAAAUCGACCUGGAGCAGUCACUCAACUAUACCUCGAGGGGACUGUUCGGCUUCGAUCGCGUGCAAUUGGGCCCUGCCGCCGCUGGCUCCGCCCUGGCUCUCGACAGCCAAGUCGUGGCUGGAAUCGCAGAUCCAGACUACUACAUGGGCAUUCUCCCUUUGGGCACCGCAGACUCCAGCUUUUCCAGUCUUGGCCGAUCCGUCGAUUCCCUGAUGAAUCAACUGCGUAAUACUUCAAAAAUACCUAGCCUGUCCUAUGCAUACACGGCGGGCGCAUCUUAUCGCCUCAAAUCAGUCUUUGGAAGCUUAAUAUUAGGAGGAUACGAUUCCACUCGCUUCAAACCAAACACCAACAACUUCUCCUUCACAUUUUCAACGGAUCCCUCCAAACUUCUCACUGUGGGCGUGGAUUCCAUCAUGGCUACAAACACCCUCCAAGGCACCUUUUCCCUCACAUCCGGCGCCCAUUUCUCCGUCAUAGACUCAACCGUUCCUCAUCUCUGGCUCCCCGAAGAUGUCUGCGCGCAAUUCGAAGCAGCCUUUGGACUCACAUACGACCCUCAAACCGGGCUUUACCUUGUCAAUGACACCGUCCACCAGCAGCUUCGAAACAACAAUCCCGUCGUAACAGUGAAACUCAUCAAUUCGCUCACAGGCUCCUCGACAAACUACACAAAUAUCGAACUACCCUAUGCCGCCUUUGAUCUCCAAGCCUCAUACCCUUACUACCAAAACGCCACAAACUACUUCCCCAUACGGCGCGCCGCAAAUUCGACCCAAUACGUCCUCGGCCGUACCUUGCUUCAAGAAUCCUACUUGAUCGUCGACUACGAACGUGCAAACUUUACCAUCGCCCAAGCCACAUGGCCUGACCCCCUUCCCGCCGCAAACAUCAUCACCAUCUCUCCGCCCUCCUCUGACAACCCUUCCUCCUCCUCUAGCCUAAGCAUCGGCGCAAUCGUCGGCAUAGCCAUUGGCGCCGCCUUGCUCAUCCUCUUCGCCAUUCUCGGCCUCUUCCUCUACCGCCGACGCCGUACUGUUCAGCCCCAAGCAAAACACUACGAACUCGCCGGCGCCCAGAUAUCGCAAUCCACCGUUGCGCCAUCGACCGCCACAACGCCCGCCACUGCCACCCAUAUGAACAUCAACACCGGCGGCGCCGUUAGUGCCGUCGUCCCUCUCAAAGCGCCCGAGCCACCACAAGAACUCAGCGGAACACCCUUGACUGAACUCGCGUCUCCCAACUCCAUGAUUGGGGACAGUCACAGCUAUCCCCAGGAUAGAAAGACGACUGUAAAUAUGAAUCAUGAGCCGGUGGAGUUGCCUGCCGACUCUCGGCUGCCAAUUACGCCUCGGUGGCAGGAAGUCACGAUAGAGAACCUGCCACCACCGCCACCAUGGAGGCCUCCGCACCAGAGGCACCAUGAAAUGGAGGGCAAUGAUAGAGCGAGCCUGAGUCAGGCACCAAGCAGUGCGGGAGUCAGUAGAAGUGACGAGGAACCACGGAGUGGUGUGAGUCCAAUGACAACGGGUUUCGGGGGCGAUGUCAAGACACCUCGGUGGUGA